GGGAGGAGUUACUACAGCUUCCCUCCCUCCUACCCCGCACUACAAAAACUGCCUGUAAUACCGGCACAAAAGAGAAGUGGAGCCUGAGUGUGAUGAGUGUUGUGCAGAAAGACCCCAAGGCUGUUUUUGAAAGGGAGAAAUACUGGUUGAGCAACUAGGUUAGUAAUACCAGGAGGAGACAGGAAGCAGCUUCUGAGGACAGCCAGAAGACAGAAACACGUUUACACCUUCACACAGAGCUCUGCUUGGAAAGUAACAUGGUCAUUUCUGGUCAUGGUCUCGUGUGGGAUGGGAAGCUGAUGACGGCUUUGCUGCUUUGGAGCUGAAAAGAACAAAAACACAGGACAGAGUUUUGACAGAGAACAAGAACUCUGCCAUGAGGUCACUUCUCUAAUGGACCUGAAUGUGUGUGUGCAGUUUCUCUCUUUGUGGACCGAGCAGCGGGUGAUUAUUUGGGACCUUCUGAGGGAAAAGGAGACACAUUUCUGUGACUGAUUUAUCUGAGUGAGUAAAACUGAGCCUCUUAUUUGUGGGGUGCAGUCUGGCUGAGAGACAGGGCAGGGGGGAGGGGAAGACACUCCAGCCUGGAUCGCUGUCCUCUGGGAGGGGUCUUUUCAACGGAGGUAACCCCCAAAAUAACAUCAAGAAAAGGGAGGGAAAUCUGCAGCAAUCCUCUCUAACAUGGACCGCUGUGCUGAACAGAAAAAAGUUGCUCUAUUAGACUGAGAGUGUUGGACUGUUCUCUUCUUCUCUAUUCAUUCAUGCUCAUCUGAUUGUGCUGGGAAAGCCUUUCAUUGAAGAGCUGUUGCAUAAACACUUCCCAUCCCUGCAUGUUUUGUCCUGAUAAUGAUAAUGGACAACAGCUCUGCAGCAAACAACUCCUGUGCCAAGAAUGAUUUGUUCAAAUAUCCGCUGUACAGCACGGUCUUCAGCAUUGUAUUCGUGGUGGGACUCAUCACCAAUGUUGUGGCCAUCUAUAUAUUCUCCUGCUCUCUGAAAAUGAGGAACGAGACCACGACCUACAUGAUAAACUUGGUGGUGUCAGACCUUCUGUUUGUCUUCACGCUGCCGCUAAGGGUCUUCUAUUUCAUCAACCGGAACUGGCCUUUUGGACGCACGUUCUGUAAACUGUCGGUGUCACUCUUCUACACCAACAUGUACGGCAGCAUGCUCUUUCUCACCUGCAUCAGCGUGGAUCGUUUUCUGGCCAUCGUGCACCCUUUUCGCUCAAGGACGCUCAGAACCAAGCGCAAUGCUAAAAUAGUAUGUAUUGCCGUGUGGGUGCUGGUGCUUUCAGGCAGCAUCCCCACGGGGUUCCUGUUGGAAACUACUUCAAACAGCACCAAAGAAAAUGCCACUUUCUGCUUUGAGAACUUCUCAUCCAAACAGUGGAAAUCUCACCUGUCUAAAGUGGUGAUCUUCAUAGAGACAGUAGGUUUCCUCAUCCCACUGCUGCUCAACGUAUUUUGCUCCAUCAUGGUGUUGCAGACGCUGCGUCGUCCCCAAACUAUCAGCCGCGGUGGGAACAUGAACAAAAAGAAAAUCCUGCGUAUGAUAAUCGUGCACCUGAGCAUUUUCUGCUUUUGUUUCAUCCCCUACAAUGUAAAUCUGGUUUUCUACGCUCUAGUCCGCACUAAAAUAUUAGGAGGCUGCGACGUGGAGUCGGUGGUUCGAACCAUCUACCCAAUAGCCCUCUGCAUUGCUGUCUCCAACUGCUGCUUUGAUCCCAUUGUUUACUACUUCACCUCAGAGACCAUCCAGAACUCCUUCAAGAGGAAGUCUCAGGUCAACAAUUAUUAUGACAGCAAGUUCUCUGAGGUCCUGCAAUCAGAAGCCACCUCCAAUCUGCAGUGCAGCCUAAGUCAUAUCAAAGCUAAAGUCUUUCACAGGGAGUCUUCAGUGUGACCGUGGAGUUGCUGCAUUUGAUGUAAAAGGUAAAACUCAUCCAUGCAUUAAAAAAAAAAAAAAAGAGAGAAAGACUGGAUUUUUUUUUUUUUUUUUUUUUUUUUUUUGGAGUGCUUUAUCUGUUUCUGUCUCAGGGCAAAUGUCUGGCUCUGUCCUUGACGGCCUCUGCUGCAGUAUUACCACAUGAACCUUUUUAACACCUGUGGAUUCAUUGUUACAACUCACUUACUUCUGUUUCCAGUGGAGUAUGCUGUAAUUAUGUGAAGCACAAUUACCGUUGCCUCUGGCCUUUAAGGAAAUGUGAUUACUGAACAACGGGACAGUUAUUACACUGACUACUUCUUAUGCUUGUAUAUUUCUGGUGCUAACUUUAGACUUUUAGCUAUUUAAUUAACAAAAAGUUAUAUCAAGCUAUAAAUGUACAGAGCUUUUUGUUUUUAAAUUGUACAAAUAGAUCACAGAAGUGCCCUUUUUUGUGUUGGGGUGAUAAACUCUGUCUUCAAUGACCAAAAAUGCACUGACUGAGUUCCUCAUGCUGCACUCGCACCACAGCAACAAAUAAAAGUAAUGUAACAUCUAAAGGAAA